GGGGAAAGGAAACCCUCAUGGAAGUAUGAAGGAGAUGGUGGGAGGCUGCUGUGUCUGUUCUGAUGAGCGGGGCUGGGCGGAGAACCCGCUGGUGUACUGCGACGGGCACGGCUGCAAUGUGGCGGUGCACCAAGCUUGCUAUGGAAUUGUCCAGGUUCCUACCGGACCCUGGUUCUGUCGGAAAUGUGAAUCCCAAGAGAGAGCCGCCCGGGUGAGAUGUGAACUGUGUCCCCACAAAGAUGGAGCCCUGAAACGGACCGACAACGGAGGGUGGGCCCACGUUGUCUGUGCUUUGUACAUCCCAGAGGUGCAGUUUGCCAACGUGCUCACCAUGGAGCCAAUCGUCCUGCAGUAUGUGCCCCAUGACCGCUUCAACAAGACCUGCUACAUCUGUGAAGAGCAGGGCAGGGAGAGCAAAGCAGCCUCUGGUGCCUGCAUGGCCUGUAACCGGCACGGCUGCCGGCAAGCUUUCCACGUCACCUGUGCCCAGAUGGCUGGCCUCUUAUGUGAGGAGGAGGUCCUAGAAGUCGACAAUGUCAAAUACUGUGGCUACUGCAAGUACCACUUCAAUAAAAUGAAGACCUCACGUCACUCUGGCGGUAGCUCCUUCAUUGCUGGAAGGAGGAGUCGAUCCGCAUCCCCUGCUCAAGAGAAGCACGUAUCCCACCACGAAAGGCCAAAGAAGAGUCGGAAGGACAAAGAAAGACCUAAACAGAAGCACAAAAAACGUCCGGAGUCUCCCACCAGCCUUACCCCAUCCUUGGUGCCCGUUGCUGCAGAGAAGGUACCAAACCUGCAGGAUGGCUCUGCCAGCCACCAUGAGGGGAGCAAAGAGGCCUCGGAGGUCGGGCGGUCGGAGGUGAAAGGCAGGAAGUCCUCAAGCCAUGGAAGCAGCCACAAGGGGAAAAAGACUGGAAGUGGGAAAAGCUCGGUUGGCUUCAGCUCAGCUUCAUCCAGCGGCACCUUCCAGCCUGCAGGUACCUCCUGCAGCAGCUUGCAGUGCUCCCAGGACUUUGUGACGUUCCCCAAGCUCGAGCAGGACGACGAGAAGUACCGCAAGCCUGUCUCUUCCUCCUCUUCCUCCCACUGCUCCCCUCUGUAUGAAGGCCAGAAGGGGGACAUCUUUGAGCAGAAGGUCAUCUUCUCCGGCUUUGGGUCCAUCAUGCGCUUCUCCACCUCGGCCGUGAGCCAGCAGAGAGGCCGGGAUGCUUCCCCCGUGGACUAUAAAGCCUCCAACACCAUCAGUGGCCCUUCGGUGGGGAGCAGUGGGACCAGCAGCAGCAGCAGCAGCCACAAGCGCAUGCCAUCCCUCAGCAUGGAGGAGGGAGAGGUGCUGAAGGAGAAGAAGCACAAAGGUAGCAAGAAGAACAAGCAUGGGCCUGGCAGGCCAAAAGGGGGCAAAAGCAAAGAGAUGUUGGGGGCCCAGCUGGCUGGGUCCACGUCGACGUCCUCAUCGCCCUUCUCCGGGGGCUCUCUCAUCAGCUCCAGCAUCAGCAGCUCCUCCCGGCCCUUCAGCCACACGGGGAACCUGCCCAGCCUCAGCAUGGAGUCCCCGCUGCUGGGCUCAGGGAUCUACACCAGUAACAAGGACCCCAUUUCCCACGGUGGCGGCGUGCUCCGUGCUGUGUGCAGCACCCCGCUCUCCUCCAGCCUCCUGGCACACCAGGGCACAGCAUCCCUCCCGCAGCUCAACCGCUCGCCCUUUGCCAGCACCAUCCCAGCUUCCUCCUCCUCAGUGUCCACCACGCAGGUGUUCUCCCUGGCGGGUUCCACCUUCAGCCUCCCUUCCUCCCAUAUCUUUGGGAGCCCCCUCACAUCUGGGCUCUCCAUCAACCCGCUCUUAAACCAGUCGGAAAGCAGCCGGGCAGAGCCCGACCUGGAGGACUGCAGUUUCGGCUGCCGAGGGACGUCGCCCCAGGAGAGUCUCUCGUCCAUGUCCCCCAUCAGCAGCCUGCCCACCCUCUUCGACCAGACGGUGUCCUGUAGCAGCAGUGGGCAGCUGGAGAAUGUUCCCCAGGCCACCCCAAACAUCGAGCAGCUCCUGGAGAAGCAGGGCAAUGGGGAAGCCGGCGUGAACAUUGUAGAGAUGCUCAAAGCCCUGCACUCGCUGCAGAAGGAGAACCAGCGGCUCCAGGAGCAGAUCAUGACCCUGACAGCCAAGAAGGAGCGUUUGCAGCUCCUCAAUGUCCAGCUCUCCGUCCCUUUCCCCGUGGUGACCACCAGCAACGGCCCAGGCAGCCAGGCCCAGUACAUCCUGCCUCCCAACGUGUGCAACAACGACUCCCUGAGCAUCAGCAAGAGCCCCCCCUGCAAGAACAGCUUUGGGAUCGAGAACUCGCUCUCCACUUCCUCUGAGGACCCUCAUUCAGGUUGCCCCAGCAGGAGCAGCUCUUCCCUGUCCUUCCACAGCACUCCUCCACCCCUGCCCAUGCUGCAGCAGAGUCCUGCCUCGCUACCCUUGCCCGGGGUGCAGCAGGUGAAUGGCCUGGCCAGGGUGGCAGGCAGCGGGCUGGGGGGUGGCCCCACUGCCAGCCACAGCCUCUCCACGGUGCCCAUGGUGGACGGCCUGAUGGGGACCCUGGCAGGAGGUCAGCAGAUGCCCAUCAACGGGAUCCUGGGGAACCUGAACGGAGCUCAGGCUGCCCAGCCUCCGAGCGCGCUGCCGCAGGCCAGCGGGCCACCGACCCUGCAGCUCUCCACCAGCCUGAGCAGCGUGAGCCCCCUGACCGAGCAGCAGCGGCACGUCCUGCACCAACACGAGCAGCAGCUCCAGCAGCUUCAGCAGCUCCUGACUUCGCAGCCACUUAACCCCGAGCAGCAGGCCCUGGUGUUCCAGAUGAUGCAGCAAAUCCAGCAGAAGAGGGAGCUGCAGCGGCUGCAGAUGAGCAGCUCAUCCCAGCUGUCCAUGACCAGCCUCCUGGCCGCCACCUCUGCCCCCCUGCACUCCAGCACCAGCGCCCUGAUGACCUCAGCCCCACAGCCACCCCACAGCAGCUCUCUCAUGGCCUCCCUCUCCCCACAACAGCUCAACCCUAGCAAUGCCCUCCUGGCCCCUCAGGCCACCCCACCGCUCAGCACUCCUGGGAGCAGCCUCCUGGCUUCGGGAACGGGCAUCCCACCGGUCCUUACAGCACAGACUAACCCGUUUCUCAACCUGCAGGCUGAUGGCAACACCCCGAAAGGAACGAGCAUGAAUGAAAAGGGAGCUCCUCUUACCCAGGACAAGGGCUAAGCUCCCCCCCUCACCCCGAACAAACCAGCAGCCAACUCCUCUCAGCCAGGGGAAUGUGGCUUUCCACUGUCAACCUUGAUACUGUUAGAGCAAUGAGCACAAGGCUUCCAAGAAGCGUUUCCUGCCGCUGGGCAAUGCCAAGAGGUGCUUUGGAAGACAGAACAUCUCUGACCGAGCCCUGGCGUCACAAGGAGG